AUGAUAAUGUUUGCCAACAUCUUAAUCUGUUUAAUAUGUGUACAAAUUGUUACUGCUAAAAAGUUCGCCGUUUACACAAGCUUGGACUGUCCCGAACCUUACGUUAAUAUCAUUUCGGAUUACAAAUGUUAUUUGCUAAAAAAUGCCAAGGGAUUUUUAAUGAUGAAUACUGGUUUCAAAUUCAAGCAGGAUUUGUACAAUAUUACUCUAAAUUUUAAAGUAAAAAUAAGACGGGGCCCCAAACUCCUCGAAACCUAUUUGAACAUGAAUAUUGACAUUUGUGAUGCUAUGACAGUGGCUCAUAACCAUUUUCUAUUGAAAAUGAUUGCUUUGGAAAUACAACAUACCAGCAAUUUGCCGAUAGAAUGUCCUCUGAAAAAGGUAAAGAUGUUAACUCAAAUGUUUAGAUAG